GUGCUGGUGAAGCCAGUUUGCUUCCGUCUGUGAAUCAUUUCUCAAGCAGCUCUCUGUGUCUCGCUGCAAUGUGGUUUUCCUCUCAGGAAAGCACUCAAACCCUGAAUUUUCAGUCUGGCUUGCACAUGCUGUCAGAAGCUAGUGGGAGACAGUUUUCUUUUUAAUGCAGAGAAGAGGACAAGCUUUUGCUACAGAAUUAUUUGGGAAGAAAAUGAAGAGUACUGCCAGGCCUUGGAGUGCAGCAGCAAAGCAAGGGAGUCAUGGGGUUGACAGAGGAAAAUUGCUUUCCAGCACCCCAACAGGAAUGAAAGCAUCCAAGUCCUCCACUUCACUUGCCUUUGAAUCUCGACUCAGCAAGUUGAAGAGGGCGAGCAGCGAUGACAUGCUGACAAAACCCGGGGUGGUGGCAGCAGCUUCUGGAGUCUCCAGACUGAAGAAGACCAUUACAACAGGAGCCAUUUCGGAGCUCGCAGAGAGCCGGCUGAAGCCCAGCACGGGAACGGUUUCAGCUGCAAAGCGCACAGGGAUUCCAGCACCCCGGGAAAUAUCAUCAUCAGUGUCCAGAGAGAGGGCUGUACUGCGUGGGCCAGCCAAUACUAGGAAAACACAACCCAGCCCCACCUCUUCUGGUACACCAACUCCUACCAAACACGUGCGUCCCACCAGCAAGUCCAAGCAAGAGAAUGAAACUGGUGACAAGGCUGUUCUGGAAUCUCAGGUUAAGGAACUUCUGGCAGAAGCAAAGACAAAAGAUUCUGAAAUUACCAAACUCCGUUGUGAAUUGAAGAAAUGUAAAGAGAAAGCAUCACUGAAUGCUGAAGGAAUGGGAGCUUCCAACCAAAAUUUAGAAACAGUAUCACCUGUUGACAUAGAUCCAUUAAUACGGACCCUUCAGGAAAAAAACAGGACUUUUCAAAAAGAGCUCGCUAGCCUGGGAGAAGAAAACCGUGUCUUGAAAGAGAAAUUGCUUUAUCUAGAGAACUCCCCUCUCUCAGACACAACAACAAGCAGCGGAGGUGACGGCAGCCUCCCAACCCCAACUACCCAAGAAUCCAGUUUUGGAAGCCCAUCAAAGAAUGUGUCGAGAGGUGAAAUGGAGGAGCAGAGGCAGCAGGUGAGCGGGGCUGCGCUGCACAAUUCCGCCUCUUCCAGCAGCGAUGUGACUAAAGCUUCCUUGUCACCUGAUGUGUCUGAUUUUGAACACAUAGCAGAUGUACCUUCCAGGCCAACGUCCUCCAACAGCAACCACUUCAAAAAUUCCAAAUGCUCCACCACAGGAAGUUCUCCAAACAAUAUUAGUGACCUUUCUGUUGCAUCUCUUACAGAGAGAAUACAAAAGAUGGAGGAGAAUCACCACAGCACAGCAGAAGAACUGCAGGCCACUUUGCAGGAGCUGUCAGAUCAACAGCAAAUGGUGCAGGAGCUGACAGCAGAAAAUGAGAAGCUAGUGGAAGAGAAAGCUCUCCUGGAGACUUCCUUUCGUCAACAUAGAGAUAGAGCUGAACAGCUGAGCCAAGAAAAUGAGAAGCUAAUGACUGUCCUCCAGGAGCGAUCCAAGAAUGAAGAAAACAGAGCUCAGGAGGGGAAGGUGCUUGAACUGGAACAGAAAUGUGCAGAAGUUCUUGAAAAAGCACAAUUUGAAAGAGAGAAACUGCUCAACAUUCAGCAACAGUUAACCAGCAGCCUCCGGAGCUUGGAAAGGGAGCAUCAAGAUGCCCAGCAGGUGAUAAAAAGCUUGAGAGAAGAAAAUGAGAAGCUGCUUAAACUUCUGGAAGUGGAACAGCAGAACAGCAGCACAGUAACAAAAACUCUGGAGGACUGUAAAAUUGCCUUAGAAGGUCUAAAAAUUGAGAAUGGCUCUCUCAAAACCCAGUUAGAGAGUGAGAAACAAAAGGCUGCAGAAAUCAAUGCGAUGGGAUGUACCAGUGACAACUCCGAGGUGCAGGAGAUGCUCAAAGUAGCCCAUGCAGAAAAGGAUCAGUUGGAAGCAUCUUGCACUGAGCUUAAACAAGAGCUGCUGAAGGCAAACAGUGAACUAAAGCACAUUCAGGGUCUGCUAUCUAAGGCUGAGCAUGAGUGUGGUCAGCUGAAGGAGGUGUGUGACAGGCAGGCUGAGCAGCUGAGCAGGACCAGCCAGAAGCUGCAGGAAAAAACAUCAGAGAAUGAAGCAGACAUCAAAAACCUAAAAGAGACCAUUUUCGAGUUGGAGGACCAGGUGGAGCAACAUCGUGCAAUAAAACUUCACAAUAACCAGCUCAUCAGUGACCUAGAAGGUAAAGCAAUGAAGCUGGAAGAACAAAAACAAGAUGCAGAGAGGCAGCUGAAGGCUCUGACUAAGCAAAUGAAGGAAGAUGCAGAAGAGUGGAGACGUUUUCAAGCUGAUCUCCAGACUGCAGUGGUUGUAGCCAAUGAUAUUAAGUGUGAAGCCCAGCAGGAGCUUCGGAUGGUAAAGAGGAAGCUUCAGGAGGAAGAGGAGAAGAGUGCCAGACUGCAGAAGGAGUUGGAUGAAGUGAAGGGCAGCAACAGGCUGACAGCUGAAGAGGUGGAAUCUCUAGAGGCUGAUACAACCAACCGCUGGCAAGGAGUCUGCAUCAGCAGAGCAUCUCCCACACCAUCAGAAUCUGCAGCCACUGUGAAAUCACUGAUCAAAUCCUUUGACUUAGGAUGCUCAGGUAGCACUGGACAAAAUAUCACAGUUCACAAAGUCCCCAGGAGCCCUCUAAGUGGAAUUCCAGUGAGGACAGCCCCAGCAGCUGCUGUUUCCCCCAUGCAGAGACAUUCUGUUUAUAACAAUGCCAAGCCAGCUAGUAAAGGUGUUGGGAGACAUGCAGAUCUUUCAGACCUUCCUCUUGCAGACCUUUUGAAGGGGAGAAAUGAGGAGCUGAAACCAGACCAUUACCUCCGAAAAAGCCCCUCCCUGGAAUCCCUGAGCAAACCCCCAAUGGCCUUCAGCAGCAGCAGAAUGCUUACCUCUACCCCCAGCAGCUUGAAACCCCAAAGUAAACUCAGUGUGGAGAGAAAGGACCCACUGGCAGCCCUGGCUCGGGAGUAUGGGGGUUCAAAGAGGAAUGCUCUCUUGAAAUGGUGCCAAAAGAAGACUGAAGGUUACCAGAACAUUGAUAUUACCAACUUCAGCAGCAGCUGGAGUGAUGGGCUGGCCUUCUGUGCCCUCCUGCACACCUAUUUGCCUGCACAUAUUCCUUAUCAAGAGCUCAACAGUCAGGAUAAGAAGAGAAACCUGCUGUUAGCAUUUCAAGCUGCUGAAAGUGUAGGCAUCAAACCCAGCCUGGAGCUCAGUGAGAUGAUGUACACGGACCGGCCAGACUGGCAGAGUGUGAUGCAGUAUGUUGCCCAGAUUUACAAGUACUUUGAGACCUGAGAUGCAGAGCAAGAGGUGGACAGAAGUGGGGAAGAGAACAAAGAAUGCUACAGAUGCACUCGAUCACUUUAAAAAGCCACUUGCUCCUCUUUCACAACCAACCUAAGUCCUUUGUUGGAAAGAAAGCUCUUCCAUCAUGUUGAUUGCAUCUGGGACUGCAACCAAAUAAAUAUCCCUUGUCCAUCUAUACAAACCAAAUUCAUCUGUAAGUUUAUUCCCAUGUGGAAAUUGCAAAGCAUUUUCGAACAUGCAUGGGAUAUUUCUGAAGAGGAUCCCUUGUGCUAAGCAACAUUUGCUCAAAACAGACUCCACCAAUGGGAGACCUGCUACACAAUGAAGUUCUAAAUCCAUGUGGACUCUGCUGGCACUCAAGGGAGGCUGGGAGAUGAAUACAAAAGCUCACAAAAAUGCUCUUCUUGCCAAAACGUGCUUAACUCAACCCAAAUACUUGUUGUUUUCUUGCCUCCAUGUGUUUUACAAAACACCAGGACAAUUGCACAUCAGUCUGUAGAACCUUAACCUGAGUUAUUCUCACCUGUCUCACUCAUUAAGUACACUGCUUUACUUGUUGUACUUAACCAGCAGGACAACAACAGGAUCAUUUGUAACUCAAAAACCAUACUCUGUUCCAUCACCAGUUUUUGAAAGAACUGUGAAGGAUCCUGUUGGUUGCUGGGACUUCAUUUCAGAUCAAACAGAAGGAAUUUCUUUCAGGAAAAAUAGCUUUAUUACUACAACUUCGUUACUUGAUUACUACAGGGAGCCAGAGCUCGGUUUCCCAGCUGACUGUGCAGGCACAGUUGUCAUCAGAAUAUUGCAAAUGCAAUUUCCUCACUUUAGUUUGCAAGGUGCCAGUGAUCAGGUGAUGACUCUAAGCAAUACAGCCACAUCCCAGUAGUUCCUAUUGGUGUGAAUUGAGUGGAGUAACUUCUUUCUUCUCUGCUAAUCCUGUGCAAUCAGCACAGACAUGGAAUUGCUGUGUAGAGGCACAAAUCUUGACACAUUGGUGCCCUGUCCAGUAAAAUGUAGUCCAUAGGGCACUGUUUGAGGCUUGGAAGUGGUGUUACCCUGGGAAGGAACACUGGUACAUUAGUCCUAAUGGAAGCUGCGACUUUGCAAGUUGCAAAGAAUGUAACAGGAACCCCCCUCUGUGUCAUGGAGAUCUCUAAGGUGCCAGAAAAUAGCUUUCUGGCUCAAUAAUACUGUUGGUAAAAGGUCUGAAAGAUACUGUUUAAUUUCCAUUAUACUUUUUCUCUUAUUUCACCUCAUGAGGUUGAAUUUUCUGUUUGGCUCCAAGGAUGGCAGGCUCAAACAGGCUGCUUCACUUGUUCCAGGAGCAGGUUGUGGAGGAGAAACUUUGUACAGGACCUCAGAGAAGGCUGCCUAGCUGCUUUAGGUGAUGCUGGUAGAAGAAAGUUGUUGUUUAGUUAGCAUGUUUAACCCUGUGACAGACUUGGUGCUUUGUGGAUGUUAACUGUAGGGAACUAGGGAUCAUUUCUCUCUUACAAAAAAGUAGUAGUGUGUGCUCACUGCUCUUAACUCCUGAAAAAAAGGUUCAUGAAAUAGGAAGAAACUUGGUUUUGGGUUUGCUGGGGCUUCGCAGAAGGUUGAUCUCAGCCUCUGCCUUCCCCACAGUGCUUGGCUGGUUGGUUGUUUAAAUACUAUUUAAAUAGUAAACAACCUAUUUCAGACUGUGACUUUCUCACAGCAAAAUCCAGGAUGAAGGGAGAGAUGACAGUGGCCAAGGUCACUGCCUGCACUGGACAGAAAGGAAGCUGGAGGAAUGCAGUGGGUGCCUGUUUCACAGGAGAGAAUCAUCAGUUGCUCUUAGUUUUAGUCUGACAUUUCUUCUAAUCCAUCACCCCCGGGAAAGUCCCAGUUCCAAUCUUCUGAGAGCCUGUGUGAUAUAACAGGACAGUGGCACCCACUGACAGUGCCCUUUGUGUCCUCCUGUGCUGUGACAAAGCAAUUGCAAAUGCUGACCAGAGCUCUUUCUUUGCAAGAGAGUGCUUUCUAGAUUGAAUUAAGUCCCUGGGAUUUUUCAGCAUCCACUCUGCCAUCCCCAGGGAACGUGGGGGGAGUUGCUCUAAGUGUUCUCAGAUACAAGUCUCCCGUUAUCUGACAAGAUGGAAGAGAAAAAGAGCUGCCAUGGGGGAGUUCAUUUAGGAGGGCAGUCACCCUGCAGAGCUCCACUGCCUCAUGGAUGCAGCAGGCUCUUUUCCCUGGAGGUAUCCCUUGGCAGAGAUCCCACCUCUCUUCAACGGGCUGCAGUUCAAAGCCUCGUGAAGUCAACACAGCAAAUUCCAUAUUCCUCAGUGGGCUUUGGAUCGGGCACUCGCAGGGAUGAGAAAAACUAUUUGAAUUCCCAGCGUCUGGUAAACAUUUCCCAGUAAGAGGGCUUCACUGGGUCUAAAAAAGAAAGAUGAUCUUAACCCUCUGGUCUCUGGAAGCAUGUUCCCUGUGACUGGCAGAUGCAUUAAUCACAUACAUUGUCUGAUGGAUCAGUGUUUUAGGCUUCAAGUGCCGUUCUGACAUUUCUUGUAAUCUUCUCCAGGACUUUUUCUAACCUCACAGAACAUUCUGUUUGCUCUAGCAGCUUCUUUUUUUCCAAAGAAUGGUGGCAAAGCAAUGUUUCUGUCCUCAUUUUGCAGGUUAUUCUCCUGUGCCCCCCAGUAGCAUAGACCAAACAUUAAUUCUACCCAAUUCAAGUGGUAUAUUCAUAAUUUUUUUUUACUUCUUUAGGAGUUAGAACAAGCAGGGAAGAAGAUUUUUGGUUUCACCAUUUGCUCAAUGUUACUUCUCAGUCCUCAAACAUCUCAUUUUGAAACGCUGGUACUUGGAGGCUGGGAGAUGCUCUUCCAGAUUAUUUUUUGAGAUUAAGAAUAUUGUUUAUUUGUUCAUUUAGCUGUUACAAUAUUGUGUUUUUUUUAUUUUGUCUGAACCUUGCACGGUUAACAUUUCUAGACCUGGAUGUUUAAAAAAUUACUGUUUUUCAACUUGUCCCACUCAAGGUGCUGCAGACCAGCCUGAAUUUUUAAAAAAUCUACAGGCCCUUGUAAGACACCUCAAAUUUUGAACUAUAAAAUUAAAGUUCUAGUUGCCUUUAAAAUUAGAGAGUUUGUUAAUAAAGUUAAGGCAGAGGGUAUAUGGAUGAUCUUCACAGAAGUUCUAAGAAUUUUCUGAAAAUGUCCUAGAAAUGGAACAUGGGAUGUAUGACAUGGGUGGUGAAAUGUGUUGUAUCAGUAACAGUUUGCCUAAGCUGCCUAAAUCCUUCCUAACUUUCCCUUUUAGGAGCAGUGGAUCUUUCCCUGAUGCAGGCAGAUGAAAUCUCUUCACCAUGUUGCCACGUGCUCCCUAAAUAUCCUGUCCCUCUUGAAGGUACCUGCACAUGCUUAUACGUGUGUGCUUGGAUAGUCUGUUGGGCUCCAAGAAAUGGCAUGGCUGAUUUUGGAUGAGCAGGUGAAGAGAAGGGUUAGGAUGGGGAUUCCAGAGAAGUUCCAUGGAGGGAUGAUGGAUUGUGUGACUGUAGUACUGCAGCUGUUAGAGAAGAAAGGAGAUUGAAGUGUGGGAAGUAUAAAAUGUGACUCCCAGAACUUUUGGUGAGUCAUAGAAGGUACAGGUUGUUUCUUGGCUUGGGAAGGUAGAGAGGUGUUGAGGAGUGAGCCCAGGGUAGCCCUCUUGAGAAGGUUUUCUGGAAAGGCUGAUGAGCUGCUUCUGAAAGUUCACAAUGAAACCAAACAGUGGGCAGGUCCUUCAGGAGAGGGACACACAGGGGAUGUACCCCCCUGGGCCUUUGUGGGCAGCAAAAGGCAUCAGCUUGAGAGUCCUUGCUGACUGUCACCUGGAGUGACAUUUCUCCUAAGACGGCAGCUGGGGGUGGAUCUCAGAUGAGGAGAGAAGAGAGUAGGGAGCUUGCUGCCUUUGCCAGGGCCCCCUUCCUGUGCCUGUGACAGUCACGGAAAUGCAAAGGGGACAGAGAUUGCCUGGAUCUUCCUGUGCCACAGCAAGGCAGCAGUAGGAAGUGACUGAUUUUUGACUUAUGCACGUUCUUCAGUUUCCUCUCAGCGAGCCUCAUUCUUUUUGACUUUUGGCACAUUUUCAAAUUUGAAGUUGUUUACAGGUUUUCUUUGGGUUUUUUCUUGUUUUGUAUGUGCAACUGCUUAUGUGCAAGUUGUCUGUCCAAACCAAACAUGUGCACGCUGGCAGGAGGAUUAGUUCUUCCUGUUUUAUUCCUGACCUGAAGCUCUUCAAAAUCUACCUUUUUUGCUUCACUGACUUCCCCCCUUCCUUGGCAAUGAAAAUAUGAGCAUUGGCUCAUGGGUUUGAACCUCCCUCAUCUAUCUGUGCUUCCAGCACAGGGUCUUCCAGCAGGAGGGAUCCGAGGGGGCAGCUGUUUGCAAAGCUGUGCCUUGUGUGUCUGGGAAAAGGCAGAGGCUGUAUGGGAUGAGAUGAUGCAUUUUCCUGUCAGAAGAGGGCUUUUGCCUAAGAAGACUCAGGGCACUGAGCAUUACGACAUUUUUAAACCCAGCAAUAACUUCUACUAUGCUAGACUGUAUUGGUUCCUACCAACUCCAGUGCCAUUGAGACUCACUCACCAAUACGGUGCGGGAUCGAGUUUGUAACUGAACUGCAAUUAACAUUUUUCUCAACUGAUGGUCUCUACAUUUUUGACUUGCUCGUGUGCCAAGUUCCACUGGGCAGUGCUGGACACGAUGUUUUUAUUGAUUGUUGUUGGUCCAGGCUUGAGUUUGUCAUAUGGGUUAAUCACCUCUUAAGAGUCAAGUACUUUUAGCUUCCUCUCUUGGGCACAGAUGUUGCAUCGUAAUCUAAUUUAUACAAAGAGCACAUUAGAAUGUAUAUACUAGGCAUUGCCACAUUUGGACAUGCUAAUAUUUAAAGAUUAACAUUAUUAAAAUGUAUGAUGCAAAAAAUCUGUGUAAUAUUUCUAAUAAAUCUUUUCCUGUUUCUGA